GUGAAUAGAAACGCAUCACCGUGGGUCUCUCCCCAGAGUAGCGAGACCCUCCCCCAGCUUGCUGCUAGUGCAAGUACAUGCGAGCCACAAGCAUCGCCAUUCAUGACCACGGCAGAAUGCAGCAAGGAGAGCCACGGCAACAACGCAGCACAAGUGUAUGCUCGAAAAGCAUGGGCCCUUGACCGGAAUCUUCUCUUUGCGGUCUUGUACAGGUGCUACUCUGGCCAUUUAUCUUCCAUCUUCCCCCCCCUCAUCUGAGACAAGGCCUCGUUAUCUUCCUUCGGAUGUAACCCUUCUUACUACCUACCACCACUUUUCGUCUUCUAUUCUCUUUCUCCAACUUUUUGUCCGCAAAAAAAGGCAACAUCUGCGUUCUUGACCAAGAAGAGCAUUCGCAUCCUUCUUUUCCCUUUUUUAUUUUUCCUGUUUAGUCUUCAGGGUUACACCUGGACGCGCGACGCGCAAUGGAAGCCAACAACCCUACCUCUGAAAAAGUCGAGGUUGAGCAGCUUCAAAAUGUGGCAAAGAAUGAUCUCGAGACCUCGGGAGUAGAAACGGGAUCUGACCGUGCUAUCGGGUCGUUUGUUGAUGUUGACGAGAAGAAGGUCUUGCGCAAGAUGGACAUGAGACUCAUUCCCAUGCUCGCAGCGCUAUAUCUCCUUUCGUUCCUCGAUCGGGGCAAUAUUGGCAAUGCCAAGAUAGAAGGCCUUCAAGAAGACCUCAACAUGACGCCGGGCCAGUACAACUGGUGUCUUACCGUCUUCUUUUUCACCUACGCAGCCUUUGAGGUUCCUAGCAAUCUGCUGCUAAAAAAGCUGCGCCCCAGCCGGUGGCUGCCAUUGAUAAUGGUUUGUUGGGGGGUUGUAAUGACACUCAUGGGCCUUGUCCAGAGUUUCCAAGGCCUGGUAGUGGCUCGGUUAUUCCUAGGAGUAACAGAAGCCGGUUUGUUUCCAGGAGUUGCUUACUACCUUACCUUAUGGUAUUGCCGUCAUGAGAUCCAGUUUCGCCAAGCACUCUUCUUCUCCGCCGCGUCUGUAGCCGGCGCCUUUAGCGGCCUUCUCGCCUUUGGUAUCAGCAAAAUGGACGGCGUCGGCGGCCUUGCUGGAUGGCGUUGGAUCUUCAUCCUCGAAGGAAUUGCAACCGUGCUUGUUGCCGCCUCGGCCUUUUUCUUUCUGUUCGAUUUUCCCGAGACGGCCACGUUUCUCACCGAAGAAGAACGUGCCUUUGUCAUCCAUCGGCUCAAGUACCAAGGUCAAGUCCAGCUAUUGGCUGAUGGCACGGCCAAUCAGGCCCAAGUCGCGCAGGCCGAAGAGUUUAAAUGGAAGUACGUUUGGCAGGCAUUUACAGAUUGGCAAAUCUGGGUCAACAUCUUUGUCUACUGGAGCAUCGUCUGUCCCCUCUACGGCAUCUCCCUCUUCCUUCCCAGCAUUAUCAAAUCUCUCCACUAUACCUCGAGCACUGCCCAGUUGAUGACUGUGCCCAUCUACGUCGUUGCGGCCAUCCUUGCCGUCAUCACCGCAUGGUUCUCUGAUAGAGUCGGCAAGCGCAGCCCCUUCAUCAUUGGAUUCUUAUUCAUGAUGAUACUCGGCUAUGGCAUGUGUAUCGGUUCAUCCAAUCCCAAAGUCGUCUACGGAGGCAUCUUCCUUGUUGCCUGUGCUAUUUACCCUUCAUUCCCCGGUAACAUCACCUGGUUGUGCAACAACUUGUCCGGGUCCUACAAGCGCAGCGCCGGCAUGGCCAUUCAAAUUGGAGUUGGAAAUCUUGGAGGGGCCAUGGCAUCCAACUUCUACCGUCAGGUCGAUGCCCCUCGGUACGUACUGGGGCAUGGACUGGAGCUAGGAUUCAUAUCUAUAGGCAUCGUCGCUAGCGUCAUCUUGAUCGUUAGCUACCACACCAUCAACAAGAAGCGCGAUCAGAAGCUCGCCAAUGGAGAGGCGGCUCAUUAUACACCACAAGAGCUAUCAGAGAUGGGAGACAGGGCUGUCACAUUCCGCUACAUGUUUUAGGCUUCAACCAUGACAACACAUGUACGAGGAGUAGCUAGCUUAGACGCAUACAAGGGGAUUGCAAUAAUCUAAAUCAGCCUUGUAUUUUC